AUGUGUGUUAUCUGCGAUCAUGAUGUUGCAGAGCAAGUAUCCCAAACCUCGAAGCUGUUUCAGUACAGCCUUCCCAAAUCAGACAUAUCCCACUGGUACACCGACAUUAUAGGCUCACUCUCGAUUGUUCUUGCACGGGACGAAGAGUGGAAAAGCCUUCGCAAACAGUUCAAUCCGGGCUUCGCCCAUAAGCAUCUCAUCACUCUGAUGCCAUGUAUCUUGGAAAAGACACAGAUUUUCUUAACGAAGCUUGAUAAUUAUGCUAGCACUGGCGAAGAUUUCCGGCUGGAUGAGCUAUGUACAAAUUUGACAUUUGACAUUAUCGGUGCGGUUACCAUGGAUAUUGAUCUGGAUGCUCAACUCGGGGAAGAGAACCAAAGUGCAAUCGUUCGACUCUUCCGAAAGCUAGGCGCAACAUACCGUGAUACCAACAGCAUGUGGAAAUUCUUACUUCCUCUCCAGAGAAAGUUAAUUUCUCGUCAACUUGGUGCGCGCAUCAAAGAGCGUAUCCAGGAAAAGUUUGACGAGCAGUCAACCUCACAAAGGCCGUCUCGCAGUGUCCUUGCUCUCAGUCUAGCCGACACGCAUGAAUUAACGCCAGAAGUUCUAGACCGAACUUGCGAUCAACUCAAGUCUUUCCUAUUUGCCGGUCAUGACACAACAAGCAUCUUGCUACAAUGGACAUUCUACGAAUUAUCCCGGACCCCGCACAUCUUGCGUCGUGUUUGCAUGGAACUGGAUGAGAUCUUUGGUCCUAACUCGCACCCAAACCACGUCCGAGAUCAAAUCUUAGAGCGUGGAGAGAAUGUCCUGCAAAGAAUGACUUUUACCUCCGCCAUUAUCAAGGAAAUCCUUCGUCUGUACCCACCAGCUGGAACAUCGCGACUUUCUGCCCCAGACACUGGGUUUAAUGUUCGACUACCGAAUGGUCAAGACAUCUGCCUGGAUGGACUGAUGCUCUACAACUGCGAGAGUAUUAUACACCGUGACCAAACCGUGUAUGGUGAGAAAAGCGAUCAAUUCAUCCCCGAACGCUGGUUGGAAACCGGCUCCACCAUACCGGCGAGCGCCUGGCGUGCUUUCGAGCGCGGACCUCGCAACUGUAUUGGACAAGAGCUGGCGAAUAUCGAAGCACUUGUGAUUCUUGCGUGUGCAACACGGCGAUUUAAUUGGGAGAAGGUGGGACUUGGAGCAACCAAGCGGGAUGAGUCAGGUGCUCCAAUUGAGAAGGAAAACGGACAAUACGAAGUCCAGGCAGAACUGUAUAAUACACUGGAGAUUACUGCCAAGCCAGUUGAUGGGAUGAGGAUGCGAGUGAAAAUAGCAGGAGCAUAG